AUGCGGAAGAAUGUAGCUUUUUGUUCGGUGGAAGCAGGGGAUAGUGUGAGGAGAAAGAAAGUGCGAACGGAAGAUUCAAAAUUAUUGAAGCUCCCGUUCAGAACACGUGAACUUGAGACAAUUCACCCGGACCUACUAGAGGGUGGAAAGUGCUCAAAAUUCGUCGAAGGGUUGGAAAGUGCUGUGGUCUUAUACGCCGUUGGCGGAAAUUUAUUUUCAUUGCUGGCUUUGAAGGAAGCCAUAAAUGUCGAUCCAAACGGAGCUUUAAUCUCAUGGAAUCGAAAUACAAACUUUUGCACGUGGAACGGAGUCACAUGCGGUCGAAGGCACCCAAAUAGAGUUAUCGCCAUAAAGCUGGAUUCUCAAGGCUUGAUUGGAUCACUCUCACCUCACAUAGGUAAUCUCUCAUUCCUUAGAGAAAUCAAUCUCCAAAACAAUAGUUUCAACGGCCGAAUUCCGCAGGAAAUCGGCCUUUUAAGACGACUUAAGUUUAUAGAAUUUAGCAACAAUUCUUUCACGGGAAGAAUAAUGCCCGAAAAUAUUACCCAAUGGAGAAAUCUGGUUUAUCUUAACUUGAUCGACAACAAUCUCUCCGGGGCCAUACCUUCGGAGCUCCAUUUUUUGGAGAAACUAGAAGCUCUAGGCUUGGGUAAGAACAAAAUUUCAGGAGAUAUCCCUCAAUAUAUAGGAAACCUAACAUCUAUGAUACAACUUUCUCUAAGGUCUUGCGACUUGAAUGGAGAAAUUCCCGAAUCCUUGGCCCAACUUCAGAAACUAAGACGUCUUAAUUUGGGUGAAAACAAUCUCACAGGCGCCAUUCCUCCAAGUGUCUUCAAUAUAUCUACUAUUAGGAGUUUUACAGUUGAUUUUAAUCUUCUUUAUGGAAUAAUACCCUCUACUAUAGGCCUCACUCUCCCUAACCUGAGGUUUCUGAGUUUGGGAAAAAAUAAAUUUAGUGGCAGUGUUCCGAUUUCAAUAUCAAAUGCUUCUUCACUUGAAACGAUUGUGUUAUCACUAAACGAUUUUAGUGGGCCAAUGCCAAUGCUUGGAGGUCUUUCGCAACUUAAAUCCUUAUAUGCCGCAAAUAUAUUAAUUGAAGAUGAUAUUAGUUUCAUUUCAUCACUCACUAACUGCACUCAACUACGAGUUCUUGAUCUAUCCAGCCCAUUUAUUAGUGGUACAAUUCCACAAAGAAUCGCAAACUUCUCUGUUCACAUUACUACUAUAGGGAUUUUUGGUACUCAAGUAUGCGGAAAAAUUCCAUCAGGUAUCGAAAACCUUGUCGGCCUCACUUUCUUGGGUCUUGCAAGAAAUUCUCUCGAGGGUUCGAUUCCUUCGGGCAUUGGGAAACUUAUUAAUCUUAAUAUUCUCAGCUUGGAAGAAAAUAGAUUUACGGGGGAAAUACCAUCUAUAUUUGGAAACUUGAGCUUGUUGACUAAUUUGUACAUGCAAGGAAACAACUUUUCGGGGCCUAUACCUCAGAGUAUCGGUAACUGCUCUAAGUUGCUAGGAUUAUAUUUUUCGCGUAAUAGUCUUAGUGGCUUCAUACCUCAAGAGCUUAUGAAUCUUUCCUCGAUUUCUAUUUCCUUGGACCUAUCUUACAAUGCAUUAACGGGUUCGAUUCUGGUUGAAGUUGGAUCGUUGAGAAACCUAGCAAGCUUAGAUUUCUCCAACAAUAGAUUGUCCGGACUUAUUCCCAACUCAAUAGGAAAGUGCGUUAGCUUGGAACAACUUCAGCUCGAGGGAAAUUUAUUGGAAGGACAAAUACCUCGAGGACUAAUUUCUUCAAUGGGCUUAACAAAUUUGGAUCUUUCACGAAAUAAUUUAUCCGGGACAAUCCCAAGUUUUCUUGGCUUGCUACGACUCAAGCAAUUGAAUCUAUCGUUCAAUAUGUUGCAAGGACGAGUGCCAACAACUGGAGUAUUUGAAAAUGAGACUGCAAUUUCCUUACAAGGAAACAAACAACUAUGUGGAGGAAUUCUUCAGUUGGACCUUCCUCCUUGCACUUCAUCGAAGAAGAAAAACUUGUCAACUCCACUCAAAAUCACGAUCCCAUUAAUAGCGGGAGUUGCGGCAAUUCUAUGCCUCGUCAUUUUUCUUUACAAGAGGAGAACACCAAAUAGAAAUCCAUCUUCUCAAUCUCAACCAUCAUUCAAUGGAAUAUCUUUCUUGAGGCUUUCAUAUUCCGAUCUACUUAAAGCAACGGGUGGAUUCGCUGAAACUAGCCUAGUAGGCAUCGGAAGUUUUGGAUCUGUUUACAAAGGUAUUCUUGAUGACGGGCUCACAUUUUUAGCUGUGAAAGUGCUUAAUCUUGUUGUGAAAGGAGCCUCUAAGAGCUUCAUCGCGGAAUGCAAUGCACUUAGAGAGAUAAGACAAAGAAAUCUCGUGAAAAUAUGGAGUGUUUGUGAAAGCAUAGACUUCCAUGGAAACGAAUUCAAAGCGAUUGUCUACGAGUUCAAGGCUAACGGGAGUUUAGAUAAAUGGUUGUACUACAAUUGCGAACAAGAACAAGAAUCAAAUCCACAACUUAGAUAUCUCGAUUUGAUUGAGAGGUUCAAUAUUGCCGUUGAUAUUGCUCAGGCACUCGAGUAUCUCCAUUGUGGUACCGAUUUGGUAAUUGUUCAUGGGGAUUUGAAGCCGAGUAACAUUCUCUUGGAACAAGAUAUGACGGCUUGUGUCGGUGAUUUCGGUCUAUCGAAAAUUAUUUCAAGCCCACCGCACGAAAGCAGCAACACACUCGGGAUCAAGGGUAGUUUCGGAUACGUUCCACCAGAAUAUGGCAUGAGCAACUUGGUCUCGACCAAAGGGGAUGUGUAUAGCUACGGUAUUCUUGUCUUGGAGAUGUUCACGAAUAAAAGACCAACUGAUGAUUCGUUUCAGGAACAUGGUAAUCUUCACAAUUUCGUUAGCGCUGCUUUGCCUAAUCGUGUAAUGGAAAUUGUGGAUCCUCUCAUUCUUAUGGGCCCUCACAUGAUCGAUAACAGUAAGCUCGAUGAUUGCGUGUCUUCUAUUAUGAGAAUUGGAGUGACAUGUUCGAAGGAAUUGCCGAGAGAAAGGAUGUUGAUGUCUGAUGUUGUUAGGGAAUUGCAUAAGAUUCAAAAGGAAUUGUCUAGCUGAAAACAAAGUUAGGAACUCUGUUUUUCUUGUGUUCGUUGUUAAAUUUAAAGUUCAAAUUGUACACAAUUCAACCUUAUUAUGUUUGAAGUUCAUAAUUGUCUCGUUUCUGUACAGCAA